CAGAAUGAAGAUUUCAAAGUUGGCCAAUUCCCUAGUGUGUCACUGUGGUGGUGAUUUCCCUGACCAAAGAGAGACUAGCCAGUGGGAAGACAGCCUGUGGCUGGGGAGAAGGGAGAGGGGGAGCGGAGGGAGGAGGAGAGAAAUGGGAGAGGUGGAAGAUGGAGGAUGGGGAAAGAAAGAAAGAGGAAAGAGAGAAGAUGGAGAAGAGGGUGAUUUGGGAGCGUCUCAAAAUGGAGCGAUGAACUUGAAGGCAGUGGACAGUGGAGCUGGGACUGACUAUACCAUGGCAGCUAAGUGUGACAGACUAUUGACUAAUGAUAGUACUACUGAGCUUGUGAAUGGAGACGCAACAGACGAAGGGGAUGUCCUCUCCUAAUUCAUAGUGUUUACUGAUGCUGCAUUGGCAGAUGUCCGUGCUCAGUCAGUCAAUAAGUUGGAACAGAAGACAACGGAGAGAUUUCAUCUCCUCAGCGCCGAGUGUAAGUGGGGAGGAGGGGCUAGUGGUGACAUCGGUGAUGAGUGAGGAGGACGAGGGGCCACUGGAUUCGUCAAUGGAGGAGCUUCACUCUAUCCCUACUGGUAUUGCAGCUCCUAUCGUCACUACUGUUGAAACAGAUGUUGUAGAGGUGGAAAUCAAGGCCAAAGGCAACGCAAUUUCCUGCUGAAAAGGGUACAGGAGGGUCAAGGAGAGAUGGCGGUCGAGGGGACAGUGUGGUGGUGAAUGGAGGCAGACACAGUCUGGAUCUGGUGGCCCUCAUUGCCUACUUCAAACUCAAGAAGAGGUGUCAAGGUGAUCACAAUUUCCGUAGAAGACUCAGUGAACUGGUGUUUCUUGGGUCCACCACGAUCACCAGCAGACAAAGGGGAAGCGUAAGGUACAGAUCAGACUGAGCAACUGCCUUGUGCCCUCCAGUCUCAGAUCAGCAAGCCAGUCGCCUCAUCGGUGGCAGGAGGGGCAGACAGCAGCCACAGCGAGUGUCCUUUGACCACCGACAAGGCCACACGUUCUGUGUCAGAUGUUGAUGCUCACCCCUCCCUUGUGAUCCCACCCACCAUCACCCUUGAGCUCCGCCCACUCUCUUCAUCGUCAUGGCGAUACGUACAGAGUCUCUCCCAAAAUCCCAGACUAAGAUUGGCAGUUGGGUGCUCACUGACACUGGGUGACCUGCAGUCUUUCCUCACUGCAAAGUGGGAGCUGCGAGAUGGACGAGAGGGGGGAGGGAGAGAUGGAGGGGGAGGAGAGAAGUGGGGAGAGGGAGAAGGGGGAGGGGAUGAGGUGGGGAGUAUUCAACCACUUACACUCUACCACAGUUACGGUACGGAGCUGUCCCGUGUCAGCCAGGGACAGCCCAAGUCUUCAAACAGCUCAGUGGGUAAUACUGGGACAACUUCAACAGACCCAGUCUGCAGAUGUGUAUGUCCAACACAUCGCAAGACAUUACCACCACAUACAAGUGUAGACCACAGAAUCACACAAUACACUGUGGGUGGUGGUGGUGGUGUGUUGAAAACAACUACUGAUAGUGGGGGGAAUAGGGAGUCGUUAGUUGUUCAGCAGUCCCAGGGGCAAGAGAGUGAUCAGCUGUCCACUGUCUGUUGUACCUGCACCUGUUAUUCCUCCUCCAAGGCCAACGAAACUGUUGGUAACUCUGACUCUAGCGUACAGACUGGCUCAACAGGGUUUAGGGAGGACCAAGGGGAACAGGUGUAUCAGUCUGCUGUGGAUGGAGUACAUCAGAUUCCUGACCUGCUCAGUGAAGAUAACCUCUUAGCUAAUCCUCCCAUCAAGCUGAAUGGAGCUUCAACACCACGCUUAGCUCCAUCCACACCAUGCAUGUUGUACUAUACAGUACAUAGUCAUCGAAGUGAAACAUUAAUUGAUGAGGAUUUUGUUGUUGUCGGUGUAUGUGUGUCUGUGUUGGGUCCCCAGUUGGGGGCUCCAGAGAAGCUGCGGCUAGUCUACGACCUGCAAUUGGUGGCCACCCAGAGGAGCAGGGAGAGUGUCCAGAGACUGAGGAAUGUGCUAUCGGAUCGCUGCCUCUCUCGGAAGCCACCUCCUGGGACCAGACACACAGAUUAAACUACCCAGAGUUCCAACCCAACCUCCACCUCCUCACUCCUCCCCUCUCCCCUCCCCUCACCGGCUUCACAAACACCCACCACUUCCUCCACUCACCUCUCCACCCCCCUCCCCUCUGUCACCCUCUCCUCACUCCCCCCUGCUCCCGCUCCACCCCCUCCAAAGGCAACCACACCCUCCCUCUCUCACCUCCUCACCUCCUCCCACCCACACCACACCCCCUCCCCACCCCCCAGCUCCGCUCCCCAACCUCUCAAGACUCACAAAAAGUCUCCGCCCACAUCCACAAUGUCUAACGUUCAACAGGUCACCUUACCGAGAGCGUCGAUUGGAAACUUCAACAGAAUGAACCUUCAGAACCUGUUCUACGCAGCUUCCGGCACCCUUUCAUCAGAGGGUAAGACAACGACUGCCAAAUUGAGGGGCAAGGAGAAAUUAGAUUCACGCCACCCAACCACCAAUCUGGCCGGUCUAUUUGGCAUAAGACGCAGCGGCGCAGGUUCUGCCAAUACAUCUAAGCCUGCUAAUGUAUCGUCUACUGGUUCAUCUACUACUACAGUCGUAGACCGACCUUUGCCAGGGACCAGUGCCCCGAGAACAGUUGCCACUUGCAGACCUCGCGUCAGUUUGUGUGUGACUACGUCCAACGUUCGUGUGCCAAAGGCGGUGAAUGUGCAAGUUGUGAGCAGUGUACAGCCACAGGCGUCUGUCCUUCCUCCAUCUGCCACCAGACAGAUACCCCAGGGACCGUCUGUCCCUACAACUACCCUGCAAUCUUCUGCUCCAAUUGCAGGGGCAGCCUCGAUUUCCGACGCAGCCGGUGGGCCAUCUGUCUCACAGACGCAAUCCUCAGCCGCUAAUGUUCCCAUUACUGCUUCCUCAGUGAGUAAUGUGGUGGGCUGGAGUGGGAUCAGUGGGAACACACUGGCUCUCAUCAACUCCAUGAGGAGGAGCAAGAGAUCCAAGACGACCAGCAACAACCUUCCAGCUCGACAGAUAGUCCCAAGACCGCUGCCAUUCGGCCCCGCAACAUCCCAUGCCCCUCCCUCGACCCCUGCCGUUCCACCCAAUCACCACCAGGCGCUGCUGCAACCACCACCACCACCAUCAGCUACUGACACUACCCGCAGCCCCAGUGUUGUCCAGCAGCAGCUCGUCACCCUCCUACAGACCCUGGUACUACAGCAGAAACAGCGCAGACAACAACAAAAACAGCAACAACAACAACAACAACAACAACAACAACAGGAUGCAACUGCGAGUGCAGCACCACAGGAGCAGCAACAAGACCUCUCGACUGCAAUCUCGAGAAAGGCCGAGGAGAUCUUACAGAUGCAGUCGUCUCUUCCUAUCCCUAUCUCUUCUACUCUCACCACUACGUCCACCCUCCCUCCUCCACCGACUGCCCCUGGUAUUAUUACCACUGCUACAGCACCAGUGGUAACUGUGGCCCAGUCUGACAUCCCAGAGGGUGACAUACAGGCCGCCAUCCUGAGCAACCUGUUCACAAGCCACACCUCCAGCUCUGAUGACCCCACCCACUCGUCAUCGUCUGGGCUGUUCCACACCUCAUCAGACACAGUGGACCAACUCCUCCGCGGUCUCAAUACGCGGUCCCAGAGCGAGGCCAUCCAGAAACUAUCUCAGGAGACGGCAUGUGUCCUCCCAAACUUUGCUCGGGCCUUGCAAUCCUCUCUAGGUCUCCCUCCUUCUCUACCUCCUCGUUCUCCAACCCUUCCUCUCUCUCCCACUCCUCUCUCCUACCCCUCAUCCAGUGGUAGAGGGACUGGUGAUGAUGGUGUUAAUGGUGUGAUUGAGACUGGGGAACUAUUCCCCAGUGGAGAUGAUGAUGAUGAGAGUAGUGGAGGAGGCCACAGUGGACUGACUCUCUCGGAUGUCCUGGUGGGAGGGGCCGCGGAUGACACCACCUUCCAGCAGCUGGCCAGGACCACUGGGCUCCUGGACGGGCUGGACCUUCCCAUGGACACCCUCUCCCAGCUUCCUGCCACCCCUCCCAGGACGGCUUGGGGAACCUCUGGGCUUCUGUCUCCUCCCUCCAACGAUUGUGAUUUUUCCAUUGGAUCUCUGCUAGAUUUUCUGGUGUCUCCAGAAAAGGAUGGGAACAGAGUGGCCACUUCUAGUGGAGUCUCACUUUCUCAGGUGGACCCCACCUUCCGCUCCCUCCUGGAGGAAACCAGUGUGGACUACAUCCAUAAGUUUAGAGACCUGGCCUCUCAAAUGAACACAGACCACUGAGGCCAGCCAGUCGCGUGAUUUUCUCGUUGUGUUUCACAUUUCAUCCUAUAGUCACUUGCUGCAUUCAUCUUUCAUUUAUACUCCAACUAUUCCUCUCCUUCAUGGAUAGAAUUGCCAAAUUGUCUUUUCGAUAAACCAACGAAGUAG